AUGAGUUGUUUUCCUUACGCCUCUAGAGGUAAUGUUUCCUCUCAGUUUGAGAGGUCAGAUUUAGCCCAGCAUUGGGUAAAUAAUCCUAGUCAUAAUCCUGAUGCCACCGACCCGACAGUCAGUAAUGGAGGUGGCGCUGUUGGUGGUAGGACUCCAGCACCGCCGUUACGCACAACAAGCGCACCUAUUGGAAGCUCCAUUGAAAAUAUCCCCUUUAAACCAAAUAAACCUUUACCACUUACUCCACUAGAAGAAGAAAAGCGUGAGAAAAAGAAGUGUAAAAGUAGACUACAAAAGUUUAAACCAUCUAUUAUGCCGAAUAUUUCUGCACCUGUUAAUGUGAUGCAUAAAAUUCAUAUAACAAUUGAUCCAGUGACUGGAGAAUUUGAGGGUAUGCCACCAGAAUGGUCUCAUAUGCUUACAAUGGCUGGUAUUACAAAAUGGGAACAACAACAAAAUCCAACUGUUGUAUUGAAUGUAUUAAAUUUAUUAAGUAAAAAGGACACAACACCACAAAAGUAUAUGACAAGUAUCAUUGGACCAUCAGGAGGAGGAAGCGGCGGUGAUCUUUCUGGUCAUCACAAUCAAAUCAAUACUUUAAAUGAUCUAGAUCAAAUGAAUUCACCAUCAACAAUCAAUUGUACUAAAUGCAGUACACCUGAAAUGGAACGUGCUGCCAAUACAACUUGUAUAACGCGUAUCUCUGGUUCAGGGGAUAAUAUUGGUCCACGGAGUAGCAGUUUAAGCAGUGGUCGUGGAAGUAGUGAAGGGAUUGGAAGUCGUAGUGGUAGUGGUGGAAGUGGUGGAGCUGUUAGUCGUAGUAGUAGCAGUGGUCAUGGGGGAGCAACUGCAAUGAUACUCUGUCCAUCGUCGAGUGUGAACACUGCGAUACCACCAUCGAGUAGUUACAGUAGUUCCGGUAGUAAUUCUAGUACGGGGAGUAAUGCACCAGCGUCUAAUGUCAGUGGUAUGAUGGAUCUAGUGCCUGGACCACUUCUUCUUCCACAUAAAUUAUCAUCCUUCGGAGUUUCUAACUCUUCCUUCUCGACUGUUGCAGCUUCCACGUCUGGAGAAAGUGUUAAUAUGGCUAAUUCAAUAUCUGAUUGUCAAACUGUUCACUCACAGCCUACCUUACCUCCUUUAGCACCUGCUCUUCAUAAUCAUCAUCAGAUGUAUUCAGAAAGAGGAGGAGGCAGUGGUAGUGGUAUUACUCGUCAACCUCCAGCUUAUUAUUAUCAUGCUAAUGCAACAACAACAACUCAUCGAGGGAUUACAGAGUCUGGGAAUUCAGAUUAUGAAUCAAGAGCAUUGGGAACAGAUUCGUGUACUACUGUCAAUCGGUCUAUGCCGUCUCCUUACAUCAACCAAACAACAUCGUCAUCCGUAUCGAUUUCCUCUUCUGCACCGCAAUUUUCAUCGACAUUUUUACAAUCUACCAAGCAUUCUCCUCAUCCUCAACAACAACAACAGCAACAACCAGAUUUAAUUAGUCAAAUCAAUUCACGAAUACCUUGGCGUCCACAUAUUCAUCAUCCUCCGCCACCGUUAUCACCUGGUCUGCCAAGACGAUUUAUUGAUGGUGUCCUCCCGACUGACAGUUCUGUUAAUCAUCCUCAUAAUGUGAUACAAUAUUGUUCAUCAGGUCAAUCAUCUCCUUCACCGGCUGGUUCAGCUACACCUGUACCCACACCGAGACGUGAAUCACUCGCCGCUGGCGGCACGGGUACCCCAUUGUCACAACGAAUUGCAAACUUACCUCUUGGUAGUAAUAAUAAUUAUAGUCAUUCAAUUAAUACUGGAAUAAAUCAUGAUUUAUGUGAUCGGACAGGUGUUACUAAUAAUAAUAGUAUGAUUUACCCGCCUCCAAUUGCUACACGUCCAGAGAAAACCAAGUCUAUAUACACUCAACCAAUUGCAGAAGGUAUCAGCUUUACUUCAAACUGUACGCACAACGUCAAUAAUUCAUCGUCGACAACACCAAAUAUCUGUGUUUCGCCAUCAUCACAUGAUAUCGAUAGUGUUGUCAACAGUAUUGGCAGUGCUAAUAUCCAUGAUGCUGAUUAUUAUGCUGAUGAAGAGAAGACAGGAAGAAGAAUUCUACACGACAAUACUUCAAUAAAUCCUGCUCGAUUAGAUUCUGUCAUUCCUAGUAGUGAUAGCAUAACAACUAAUACUAAUAAGAGUAUUAGUAAUAGUAAUGGUAGUAGUAGUAAGGCAUCUAUGAUUAAUCCUCCUUCCACAACAACGACUAAUCCUCCUCCUUCAUCUGCUGUUUCUCAACAACCAUCUACUCAUCAUAUGAUGUCAAAAAGUACUACUGUGUUGGGUACCAAUAGUGCAACUGUUAAUUCUACGACUACUAAUACUGUUAAUACUGACAGUAACAAUAAUAAUAAUAAUAAUAAUAAUAAUGGUUGCACAACCAAUACACUAGAACGUGUUAAUGUAAAUAAAAAGUAUAAGUCUAAAAUGUCUGAUGAUAUGAUACAAGAAAAGUUAAGAAUGAUUGUUAGUAUUGGUGAUCCGAAUAGAAAAUAUCAAAGAUUAGAAAAAAUUGGUCAAGGUGCAUCUGGUGUUGUCUAUAGUGGAAUAGAAUCAGCAACUGGUCGACGUGUUGCCAUAAAACAAAUGAAUUUAAAGAAACAGCCUAAAAAAGAGUUAAUUGUCAAUGAAAUUUAUGUGAUGAAAGUGAAAAAACAUCCAAAUGUUGUUAAUUAUUUAGAUAGUUAUCUUGUUGGAGAUGAGUUAUGGGUAGUUAUGGAAUAUCUGGACGGUGGAUCCUUAACUGAAGUUGUCACUGAAACACUAAUGGAUGAAGGACAAAUUGCAGCUGUAUGCAGAGAGUGCCUACAAGCUUUAGAAUUUUUGCAUAAAAAUCAAGUCAUUCAUCGUGAUAUUAAGUCGGAUAAUAUUCUCUUAGGAUUGGAUGGUUCAGUGAAGUUAACCGACUUCGGUUUCUGUGCUCAAUUAAGUCCAGAACAGACAAAACGUUCUACAAUGGUUGGUACACCUUAUUGGAUGGCUCCAGAGGUUGUAACAAGAAAACAAUACGGACCAAAAGUUGAUAUAUGGUCACUUGGUAUUAUGGCUAUAGAAAUGAUUGAUGGUGAACCGCCAUAUUUGAAUGAAAAUCCUGUUCGGGCUCUUUAUUUAAUUGGAACAAACGGGAAACCAGAAAUUAAGGAACGCGAAAAAUUAAGCGCAGAGUUUUUAGACUUUCUCGAUCGUUGCCUCGAAGUCAAUGUGGAUUUACGUGCGUCUGCAUUUGAGCUACUUAAGCAUCCAUUUAUUGUUCGACGAGCUAAACCGCUGUCUUCAUUAACUCCACUAAUUUUGGUUGCAAGAGACCAAGCUAGAAAUCAAACACAAUAA